CUUCGUAGGUGAGGAGUGAGGAACAGACGAACAGUCACCACCACAGCUUCACAUCCAGGCCGCACCUCAACGUCAACCAGGUCACCGUCUUCCUCCGCCCGCCGGUACCCGUCCACGUGACCAUCCAUUCCACUCGGAGUUCUCUGCCGUCUCCCUUCGUCAGCUUCCGCCGACCGCCGUGAGCAAAUGAGAUAACUCGAUUUCACCGGCAUCGACUCCGACUCCGACCACUGAGCUCCUGCAGCCGAACCUCUCACUGCCGCCGCCGUUUUAUAGCCUGGGCUGCGGCCGCUUUAAGGCGAAGGUGAACCACCGCCAUUGCUCGGUUGCUCCUCUGUCUCCGGGCACCAGCGCACUCCGGUGACAUCACAUACCGUUCGCCGUCUCCGUCUACCUCCUGCAACGUCACUGCCCUGCUCUGGGUGUGGAUCCGAUCCCGCAGCCGCUGCUGCUAGGGUACGCAAGUAGCCAAUAACUAAUAUGUGUGUGGAUUGCAGAUAUGAUGUCACGGUUGGAGAUGAUUCGAAACUUUGACGAGGGUGGAUCCCAUGACGUUGACGAGGGGCGCCAUGACACGAAGCCAAAGGCUUCUUCUAUCAUAACAAACAAUGGCGACGCAAUUAUGUCUUCAUCCCCGAUGAAACGCAAAGCCUCUGGUACUGCAGCCCACAUCACUCAGAGCAUGAGUGAUAUUCCUACCACUGAGAUGACUACUUGGUUGCGGGGUAACAUUGAGUUACCUCCGCUUCUGUCCCAGAUGAUCCCGAUGGGCGAGAAGGAGAAAAUUGCAAGACUUGAUCACAUUGCUUUAGAGAAGAAGAGCCACCAUGCCAUGGCUGAGCUCCUGUUGUCUAUAUCUGAGGUGAAUCGAAGGAAGGAUGAUCGCGAGCAAGAGUUGUUGUUACAACUCUCUCAAUCUGCGAAGGAGAUGGCCUCGCUCAAAGAUGCACAUGCUGUUGAGGUCGUUGUGCUUAAAGCCACACACACCGUGGAGUUGGCCAAUGCCCGUGAACAUAUCUUGGAUGCAUACAUGAAAUCUCCAGAGUUUGUGGCUGAUCGGGAAGCUUACGUUGACACUCAUUUGAGUGAGAUUAGCCAACGUUGGUUGUCUACUCUAGAGGGCCGCGAGAAACUCGUCAGGGAGGGUUACCUCUCCUACAAGAUCGGGAAAUAUGCUGCUCAACAAAAAAUAUACCAUAUCUUGAAGGAUAAGGCUGGUACCUCAUGUAUUAUCGAUUGGGGGCUUCCUCCUGAAGUGCCUAACCCUGAGAAACUUGUAGCUAAACCUUCCAUGGAGGAUGUCGCAUUUGACAAGUUACCUACCAAUGAAGAGCUUGGUGAUGCUCCCUCCAAAGAAGACAAAAGGAAUCCUUAAGCCGGUGGCAUUAAAUCACCCCUCUUGCGACCGCUUUCAUGCUUUGGAGCGCCCAAGGGAUUGAGUGAAAUGCGUAGUGUAGAUUCAAUUUCAAAAUUUCUUCCUUUAUGAGAACGUGGCUUGUUAAACAAAUUUUGAAUUUCAUAAGAUGAUAAUAAUGAUGCAUUUCUCUCUUUUUUCUUU